CCCGCAUAGGUGGGGCACGUGGGGCCCACCCUCGCCAGGCCUCAGGAGGGGCCUCCUCUGUAGGAGGAGCUGCAGGGUCAGGCUGCCCCCGGACCGAGCUGCCCCGUGUCUCCGGGGGGCUGAGGGGAGGCUGUCCCCGGACCGAGCUGCCCCGUGUCUCCGGGGGGCUGAGGGGAGGCUGCGCCCAUAGACUGAAUUGUCCACGGCCUCAGGCACUGGGAGGCUGACCCCAGGUUGCAGUGAAGUGGAGGUUUCCCCCGUUCACAAACAUUCCGGAUAUUCAUCAUUUCGGAGGAUUUCAGCACAGAGAUUAUUGGACUUUGCCAUAUCUGACCAGGAUGAAUUCAUCAUUGGUUGCUUAUGAUGAUUCAGAUUCUGACACAGAGACUGGAAAGGCUGAAAAUCUCAGUCUUUCUAGCAGAGAAACCAGACUUGCAAGUUCUGCUAUAAAUCCUAUUCAGUAUUUUGCACCCGGUGCAUUAGGCACAAAAUCUACAUACAAAAUGCAGACUGUUGAGAAUACUGCCAGUACUGGCGCAAGCAUUAUUUGUGAAGGUGCUCCUGCAUAUAAGGUACAGGCUAAUAACCGGGAUUUGGCAGCUGUUUAUCCCUGGAAAGAAUAUUCUAACCAGGCUGAAACGCUUUCUGGAAAUGGAAGUUUCUCUCAGAAGAGAGUACAUCAGGACAAGAUUGUUACCAUAAAGGGAAUUAGACCAUAUAUCCCUAAAAGACUUCGACAAGAAAAAACUUCUAAAGUGUAUGGAAAAAAAGAAUCCGAAGAACAGAGAGAGAGUUGUGCAAUACCAGGAGAGCAAAUUUCCACAGAGGUUUCUGAAUUUAUUAAGCCAUAUUUAGGGUCUAAGAACAAAUCAACUGAAAUCCCAAGGAACUUGGUGUUUCAAAUGUCUAAACACAGUGGUCCAGUUAAUAAAGUCCAGUGGUGUCCUGUACAAGGAUGGAGCCAUAUGCUUCUUUCCACUUCCAUGGAUAAAACUUUCAAGGUAAUGUACUUACAUGGUGGAAUGGUUUGUAUUACGUAUCACUCACUUUAAAUAGUAAAACAGAUGGGAAUGGUUAUUACUUUCUGAAAGCUUCACUCAGCCUUUUUAGUCUGCCUGUAUUUGAUAAUUGAUCCCAUGUGUGUAGUACCUAUUAAUACCUUGAUCAGAUCCUUUGCAGGACGAGAGCCUCUUGUAGGCCCCUUCUCAGCACAUAGUCCCAUUUUUCCAGUGGGUAAUUAAGGAUUGCAGGUAGGCUUACCAUAUGUCCGUUUUUUCCCAGACAUGUCCGGCUUUUUGAUAAUCAAACCCCCAUCCGGGGGGAAUUUCCAAAAAGCCGAACAUGUCUGGG